GCCGCGGGGGAACCCCCGCCCCGGAGGGCCGGGCCGGGCCGUGCCGGGGCUCCCCGCCCGCCCCGCCGUGUCCUCAGCGGGAGGUCAGAGGGGGCCGGGCGCCGCCAUGCCCUGCCCCGCCCGCCCCGCCUCUCGCUCCGUCCCCUCCCCGCCGGGCAUGGGGCGGCCGCGGCUCUUCGGGCGCCUGAGGGCGGCGGUUCUCGGCGUGGUGCAUGUGGCAGCGCUGCCAGGGACACCAAGAAGUUCUCUUCCUUUGACACAAAUCAUUGAUCAAGCUUGUCAAGAAGCAGAAAUUUACAAGGACGCUGGAGUUGAUGGCUUGAUAGUAGAAAACAUGCACGAUCGUCCUUACACGGUGUGUCCUGGGCCCGAAGUGACGGCAGUGAUGACGGCCAUCAGUGCCGCCGUGAGGCGAUCCUGCCCGCACCUUGCGCUGGGAGUCCAGGUACUGAGCGCUGCGAAUCAACAGGCAAUAGCAGUUGCUCUCGCUGCAGGUCUUGAUUUUAUCCGAGCUGAAGGGUUUGUGUUUUCUCAUGUUGCUGAUGAAGGGAUCAUAAAUGCCUGUGCAGGUAACCUGCUACGAUACAGAAAACAAGUUGGAGCAGAGAAUAUUCAGAUUUUUGCUGAUAUUAAAAAGAAGCACAGUGCUCAUGCUCUGACGGCAGAUGUCGGUGUGGCUGAGACCGCGGCAGCUGCCGAGCUCUUCCUGGCUGAUGGGCUCGUAUUGACUGGCAAGGCUACUGGGCUGCCCACAGAUCCUGGGGAGCUGAAAGAGGUUCAACAUGCUGUGAAGAUUCCUGUGCUGAUUGGGUCUGGAGUGACUAUGGAGAAUGUCAAGAAUUACGUGGAUGCAAAUGCUCUAAUAAUUGUUCUUGUUUCCUGCACCUAUCCUAGCAAAAUUCUCACUGACAGAAAACCAAGGAAUGUAAAGGACUUGCAAGCUGAAAGGAGAAGGAAACUAAAAUUUUUGGCUGUAGCAAAAUCUUGACGUCCAUGACAAAUUGCUACAGAGCAUGAUUCUCUCAAGAGAAGUGAAUGGGGAUGUUUAUUCCUCUUGACUGUAGUUUCAGGUUGUUUGCUGCCUCUUCAGUUAAGACUUCAUGCGUUUGCACCUGGACUAUGUUUCCAAGAUCAUCUCUGCUGGUAUGUGUGCUUAGGGAGACAUGUUUUGCUAAAUGAAAGCUGAAGUUUUCCAGGAUAAUUAUGGCAAUAAGAAGUGAUAUCUGUAGUGAAAUCUGGGCUUGGAAUUCAUGGCCCUUUGGUUUAGGAGCAUAUUUAGAGAUGGUAUAUAUGUCUUCACAAAUAAACCACUAAAGAUUUGCAUUACAAAAGCUUCACUUUCAGCACCUUUGCCCUAACAUCCAGGCACUGUUUACUAUGCUGAAGCAAUUUCUGCUCUAUAAACUAGAGACGGGGAGAAUUGGUUUUAGCUUGUGUGAUGUUAUAAGCGUGACAUCCCAGAGCUGGCAUUGCUAUGUGUCGUAAAGACAAAGAAGUGGUACUUAGAUGUUGAGUUUAGAAACAGAACUGCCUCUCUUGGUUUUGUUUGUUUGUUUUGCUUUUGUUUGUUUUCUUAUGCAUUUGCAAUGCUAAUCUGUGAAGCCUAAAUGAUAAAAUGUUCAGAAAGGGUGAAGAACUGGGCUUAGAUAUUCUUUUUGUGGCCUAAUAAAUAUGCCAUGCUGUAUAGUAGAAUUGAACCUCCCUCCCACUCCAUUUUAUGGUCCCUGCUGCAGAAAUACUGUCAGAAUUUUAAAUCCUUCUGAGAGAUACUGAACUGGGUUUCCUCCGUAGAGAUGUCAGGGAAAGUUACCCAAUUAAUUCCUUGUUUUUAUAACAACCAGUGCUUGUACUGGGGUUUGUUUGUGUUGAGGUAUCAUGGAACUUUACUCCAUUUGUUUCUACUCUUAAUCAUCAUUAUGACAACUAAUGACAACUGUUAUGUGAUCCUUUGAACACUUGUUCACAUUCAGAGAACUGUUGUAUACCUGCAGUGAAAAGAGACAAUGGAGGCAGCAGGUAAAAUGAAAGUAAGGCUAAAAGGUUUUUGGAGAAAUGCUGAGGCAAAUACGUGCUUCCCCCCCCCUUCCCCCCCCCCCCCAUUUUUUUUUUUUUAAACCCUCAUUAUUUAAAAAUGCAUAGAUAACUGGGGGGGGGGGGUGAGAGUGACACUUCUGCAAUACAAACAGGGAAGUCCCUCAUAUGAGGCAAAAGGUUUGUAAUUCACAACAUACUUUGUCUCUUUCCAUAUAGUUUGAAGCUUCAGAAGCAGUAAGGUAGUAAAGGUAAGGAGGGCCUGGAGUGUUGCUUGUUAAACACUUGAGAGUGUGCAAAGGUGUAAGGUUAAUUUUCAUGAUUAAAAAUUUAUCGAUUUUAUUAAGAGAUGGGUUUCUUUCAAGAUGUCACAAAGUGAUUUCACUGAUUUGGGCUGAAACUGCUACUCACUUUCUGCAUUUUAACUUCCUUCUUUCCUGUCACUGUCAAGUUUUCACUGUUUCACAAAGUAAAUUGAGUGUCAGACA